AUGGACUCCUUCGACAAACAUGGUCUCGACGAGUCUGCCUUUGAUGACACUGGCUUGUCAGGACUACGGACGUUUGACGCUUUCCCCAAAACCAAACCAAGCUACACAUCUGCCACAGCGCGCGGCGGCCAAUGGACCUUAGCGAUCAUCAUCCUAUGCACGUGCCUGACGCUGAACGAACUACGAACAUGGUGGACGGGGAGCGAAACGCACCACUUCUCGGUCGAGCGCGGAGUCGGGCAUGAACUCCAGCUGAACCUCGACAUCGUGGUGGCGAUGCCGUGCCGCGACCUCCACGUCAACGUGCAAGACGCGGCGAUGGACCGGAUCAUGGCGGGCGACCUGUUGACGAAAGAAGACACGAACUUUGGGAUCUGGACGGACCCGCGGCAACGAUGGCUGCUGCGCAAAAAGCGGUCGCGCCGCUCCCAAUACCAGGGCCUGCACGGCGGCGACGAGCAGCGCACCAAAGAGGAGGAGGAGGACUCGCACGUCGGCCACGUGCUGGGCCACAUGCGCGAGAACCAGGGGCGCAAGUUCGCCAAGUCGCCGCGGCUGAGGGCCGGGAUGCCCGUGGACGCGUGCCGCAUCUACGGCUCGCUCGAGGGCAACAAGGUGCAGGGCGACUUCCACAUCACGGCGCGCGGCCACGGCUACAUGGAGUUCGGGAUGCAGCAGCACCUGGACCACGGCCGGUUCAACUUCUCGCACCACAUCAACGAGCUGUCCUUCGGCCCGCACUACCCGGGCCUCCUCAACCCACUGGACAAGACGUCCGCCGUCGCCACCAACAAGGACGCCCACUUCAUGCGCUACCAGUACUACCUGUCCAUCGUGCCGACCAUCUUCACCAAGCGCCGCGUCGCCUCCUCCUCCGGCGCCCUCGACCCGGCCGCCAUCCCGCAGCCGCCGACGCUGGACCUGGCGCCCAACUCGAGCCGCGACAAGGACGGCAUCGUGCGCCACGUCCCCAACCCGCGCGCCGGCCGCGAUUCAAAAUCCGUCUUCACCAACCAGUACGCCGCCACGUCGCAGUCGCGCGAGGUCCCGCCCAACACCGUGCCCGGCGUGUUUUUCAAGUACGACAUCGAGCCCAUCCUGUUGAUCGUCAGUGAGCAGCGCUCCAGCUUUCUGGGCUUGAUUGUCAGGUUGGUCAAUGUCAUCAGUGGCGUGCUGGUCGCUGGCGGCUGGACGUUCCAGCUCACCGAAUGGGCCUAUGACGUCUGGGGCCGACGGAGGCAGAGAAGCAAUACGGGGCUCGGGGUCAUCACUGGCGACAUUCACGGGGAUCUGGAUCUGAAGCGUUGA